AAAUUGAUUUACUUAUCCCAAGAUGCAGUUGUUAGCUGCGAUUCUAGUGCUAAUCCUGGCCAGCUUGGCCCACGGUAGACCCACUUUGGAUACGAUUGCAGAGCUUCUGUUGGGCUCCAAGUAUUAUCCAUCAGUUGGUCCAGAACCGCAUCCUGGUCCCGGUCCACUCAUCCACGAGGGCUACGAGCAGGGCUACGACUAUCACUAUGGAGGCGGCUAUGGCUACGGCGGCAUCCAGCAGCCGCAUCCAGCUGGCUAUGGAUACUACCCACCACGUCCUGCGCCACCGGCAAAUGCCUACUAUCCACCACAUCAGCCAGUUCCUCCUUCGCCUGGCUACUACUCACAGCCGGCUCAUCCUGCCACUGCCUAUUAUCCGCACAAAAAUCGGGAUAUUUAUGGAGGUGGAGGUGGAGGUGGCUACAAGCAGCGGGGUUACUAGUGUUCAUCCGUCAGACGCCUCCCCCAGAUCCCAUCCAAUCAUCUGCUGUCUCAUUUGUUUAUGUGUAAUUUAUUAAAAUUUCGUUAAUUUCCAUCAA